CUUCCACCAUCUAGUGUACACCAACACCACACCAGCGGCAUAACCACCCUGUGAUACCACGUUGAACUUUGGAGAACAACGCUCCCCAUUUAUUUUCCAUUCAUCUCCCAAUCCCGCGCCUCGGACCAGAUACCCCCAAACGAACCCCGUCCGACCGUACCCUGCCUAGCAUCUAGACGAGACGACGUUUCCAAUCUCGAACCGAAUCCUCACAAUGGCACCCCUCACGCCCCAUUGGACCCAGCCGUCCCACCCGGACGUCCAGGAGGUCGUCAAGGCGAGCGAGACCGAGUUUCUCACCAAGAGCUUCUCCAAGGUGUCUCUGCCGCCCUUUGCCGUCUUCGCAAAGAUGUCGUUCCCGCCCUGCGACCUGGCCGACGAGCCCACAUAUGCCACCGUCCAGUGCGGAAAGGACAAGCACCUGAACCUCAACAGUGACCUGUUGUACAUCAACCAUUCGUGCGAACCGUCUCUUAUUUUCGACACAGGCAACUUUAAUGUCCUGGCUGGCCCGAAAGGACUCCAGCCCGGCGAUGAAUUGACCUUCUUCUACCCCUCCACCGAGUGGCACAUGGCCCAGCCCUUUGACUGCUUCUGCGGCACCCCGUCGUGCCGCGGCACGAUUGGCGGCGCGCGCGACAUGCCCCGCGCCCAGCUCGAGGGCCUCUGGCUCAACGGCCAUAUCCGCGAGCUCCUCGAGGACCGCGACGCCGGGAUCCCGUCUGGAAACGACAGCGAUCCCACGGCCCAGGCGCUGAGAGAUGCCCUUAAGGCCGCCGAGCACGUCGUCGAGGCCGCCCGCUCCGCCCUCAGGAGCUACACCGAAGCCGCGGGCCGCGGCAACGGCCAGCAGCAGCAGCAGCAGCAGACGACCAAGAACGGCAUUAACGGCACCAAGGCCAGGGGCCUUCUCUCGUCAGCUUCCCGCGAGCAGCCCGGGGCUGUGGGCGCCGGCCGUAACGGCGCGAGUGCCAGGGAGUUGGGAGGCGAGAUGGGCGGCGACACGCGCGCUGCCUGAAGAACGGGCUUUUCGGUCAUCCCCGCCUACCUAGUUAAAGAUGGGUGAUGAGGGGGGCGGACGACCAGGGCCCGUGAUGGAGCGUGGGAAGAGGCAAUUCAACUUGCCUCUUUUUCUCCUUUUUUCUUUAUAUUCUUCGUCUUCUUCUCCCAGUCCCACGUCGCUUUUUUUUUCCAACGCGAAUUCAACAUCACGAUUCUUCUCAUCCAACUAUCAGAAUAAACCGUGAACCAAGGGGAUGAAAUCAGAUUAGGUGGUUGAAGUAGCAGUCGGGGUUCAGAAAUUUUACAGAAAAAAAAAGGAUGGAAAACCUAGUAGAAGUAAGGUGGGGGAAACAAACAGACGGUGAUUAUAUAUGUAUACAACAAGAAACUGGCUAGCUAUCGGGAAUUGAUAGCCCAACAUUCAUGCACAUGUUGGUUCUUACCCGUGACAGGAUUGGGAUUACACCCCAGUCAAGGCGUACUUUUCAACUUUUUGUUAUUUUGAUUCGGAAUCUACAUGGGUGAUCUCAACUCUAGAAGAGAAGAAGAAAAAAUAAGUGAGAAAAAGAACUCCUGAUGCCCGACCGAACCGUAAAAGUACACACGCAAUACACCUUACUCUCACAUGCUCGUGUCCCGCGACGCCUAUGCUACAACAUUUCCGGGCAGCAUCGUCUCUGCCGUUCAGGGUCUUCGUUUCC